UCAUCAUGACAUUUCUAUCUUUUUCUGUCAUUCAAGUGGCUCGCUGCAGUCAAAAAUCUUUUCACUUCAUAGAGACGCUCAGGGCUGCAGUUUUCCUCCAACAAGACACCGUCAACCUCCACCUUUCAGUGUACUAUUGCACCAGUUUUUACGCUUCCAUCUCAGGAUGGCGACGACCCCCUUCCCUCCCACUCUCCCGGUAAAGUGAUAUCACACGAUUCACACCUGAUACCGUCGCACGCCCCUACUGCUCUUCCCACCCCGCCCCACCGGGACCGGCGGCAGCUGGUGCCAAACCGCCCCCGGGGGGGAGCCGCACGCUGAGGACGCGGCCAUGCGGAGCGAUGACACUCAGCAGCCGGACUGCCGCCUCGUCUCAUCCGUCUCCAGCGCUUCACAGAGGAGGAGGAGGAGGAGGAGGAGGAGGAUGCCAUGAGAUUUCCCACAGGCCCUUGCUGGCAGCUGGCUGUGAGUGAACCUGGGGGAAAAGGGGAUAACCGACGGCGGAUAAUGACGUGAUGGUUCCGGUUGUAGAGCGAGCACAGUGGGGCUCAGGGCGCCUUUAAUGACCGGCGCUGGGGAGAAAAUCACCGGACUUUAUUGCGUGUGGAGCCGCGUACGAUCCUGGACCGACCGCAGUUAUAUAAAAUUAGGGUCUCUCAAACAGGUUGCUGAGAUUUCCUUCAGCCGGAGAGGGGGCUUUGCAGCGCAGUUGAGGAUGCGGUCCCCCAGAUGGUGACUUCUUCUACAGGAGUUCCAGUGAGAGGAGGACUUGAGAGUAACACUCCACAGGCCUGUCAUGGUUUCCUACCUUUUCACACUCCUCCAUCUCUGCAUCUCCCACUGUCUUCUAAUGCAUUAUAGAAACCUUUGUUGGACGGUUUAAUGGAGAGCUGGUCGAAUGUCAGCGGGAACUAUUGUUAUAUCCGGAGGAAUUCUCGCCGGGGUGAUACUGCUGUGCAUCGUAGCAGUGCUCUGUUACUGUAGACUCCAGUAUUACUGCUGUAAGAAGAAUGAUUCUGAGGUGGAUAUGGGCUCUGUGGUGGGAGCGGAUCCUCUCUCUCACUUUCCCUGCAACGCCUGCAACGCCCUCGCCAUGGACGGCACAGCCAUCAACCCCGUCUCUCUGGAUCAGCUGGACUCGGGUUCUCACCACAACCACUGCCCCACCUGUUCCCCGUACUCCCACCGCUCUGGACUCACAGACAACAUGCGUAACGGAGGGGAGCGGCUGGGCUUCCACACCUACUACGAGAACCCGUCUGUCUCCCUUCCGCUGUCUGCCAACCCACAGGGCUCUUCGCCUCUGAGUUACUACAGUCCCACGGACAUGUUCCCUCCCCCACCACGCCCCUACAGCACCCAGGUCUGACCUCUGCUGCACCAUACAGACACCCACACGUGUAGGAAGCCAUUCUGACAUACUCACACAUGCCUGACAUUAGCACAUCUGGCACAGGCCCUUUUGUUUAGGACUAAAUUCAAGUGUUGGAUUAGAAUACAGCACAGUUAGACACACACACACACGCACACUCUCUCUCUCUCUCACUUCUGCUACAGCUUCCAGACUCAGCCAUCCAUGGGAGUGACCCAUAAACUGAACCCACUGGCACAACCUCUGUGUGGGCAGCAAAUCCUUGAACCAAACCCAUGGGGAGCUGCAUGCAGCAGCAUAAAACAGUGUUUUAUCAGCGAAUGGUGCAGAACUAUAGUGCAACCUCAUGUGAUUCACAUGUGCUACUAAAAUCUGUCUUUGGUAAUUGGAUCUCAGGUGUGAUCCAGUUUAAAUUUAGGUGUGAACGCACCUGGACUGAUGCAGUCAUUCAAGCCACAUCUGACGCUGGUCAGGGACACGUAAACAUGUGUUAUGCAGUAUGAACACGAACGGGUCAGACAGCCAAGUUGAUUUUUUUUGUGUAGGUGCUAGCAAUGCAAAUUUUAAGCAAUGCUCAUUAUCCAUGUUAAUGACUGACGACCGAUUAAUCAUUUAAAGCUUCUGGAAAAAUAAACUACUUUAAAUGAUUAGUCCACAAUCCAAAUAAAUUAGAGUGAAUCAAAAUAAGACGAAAUAACUCACUUACUUAAUAAUUUCCUUGGAAGUUUUCUGGAUGUAACCAUUUAAUUAAGCACUAAUCGUAGAAAAAAUAGGAAUAUCUGGCUUGAACCAAAAUAGAUAUUUAGUAUUUAUUGAUUUAUUAUUGGUAACUUUAUUUGCCAAACACAGUUUCUUAAGUUGUAUGCUACAGAU